UUGUCUGUUGGGUGCGUGUACGGUGAGAUAAGAAAGAGCACAUUUUCAUGACCCUCAAAGACAAAAACCCCAUGAAUGGGCACUAGGCAGAGCUCAUGGAAAUGGGUUCGGGCUCCUUGGGAGAGUCGGGCGGUUCUUCCACCAACUCUUCAACUGAAUCACUCAACGGCUUGAAGUUUGGUAAAAAAAUAUACUUUGAGGAUGCAGCAGCUGGUGCACCACCAGCAGCUGCUGCUACUGCUAUUGCUGCUGGUGGUUCAAACGUGGGGACUCCAUCCAAGUCAGGCCCGGGGUCUUCAAGCUCAUCCAGGUCGGGUAGGAAGGCCAGGGUGGGUGGAGUGGUGCAAGGGGCUCAGCCUCCAAGGUGUCAAGUAGAAGGGUGCAAAGUGGAUCUGAGUGAUGCUAAGGCUUACUAUUCGAGGCAUAAGGUUUGUGGCAUGCACUCUAAGUCACCUAAAGUCAUUGUUGCUGGUCUUGAGCAAAGGUUUUGUCAACAGUGUAGCAGAUUUCAUCAGCUUCCUGAAUUUGACCAAGGGAAACGGAGUUGCCGAAGACGGCUAGCAGGUCACAAUGAGCGACGCAGGAAACCACCACCAGGAUCAUUAUUACCCUCUCGUUAUAGCAGGCUCUCUUCAUCUAUUAUUGAAAGCAGUAGAGAUGGAAGCUUUAUCAUGGAUUUCACAGCUUACCCAAGGCAUUCCUCAAGGGAUGUGUGGCCAACAGCAAGAUCAUCAGAGUACUUACCUGGAAAUCAAAACACAGCUGCGGCAAGGUCACUUCCACAUCCAUGGCAAAACAACUCGGAGAAUCCUCGACCUGACCUUUUCAUGCAAGGUUCACCGGGUGGGACUGUUUUCUCCAGUACUGAAAUUACUCCGGGACAAUGCUUCACCGGAGUUGGUGACUCAAGCUGUGCUCUCUCUCUUCUGUCAAAUCAACCAUGGGGCUCUAGAAAUCGGGCGUCGAGUCUUGGGGUAAAUAACAUGAUAAAUACCGAAAGGUAUUCUGCGGCCCAACCAGCAACGCGUCAUGGUGCAGUUGUGAAUCCUUAUUCAAAUGCCUCUUGGGGUUUCAAGGGCAAUGACUCUGGUAGUAGCUCUCAUGAGAUGGCCCCUCAACUCGGUUUGGGUCAAAUUUCAGAGCCUGUUGUUAACAGUCAGUUUUCUGGCGGACCGGAGUUCUGUCAGCAAAGCAGGAGGCAAUAUAUGGAACUUGAGCAGUCUAGAGCAUACGACACCUCCACGCAGGAUAUUCACUGGUCACUCUAAGUUAGUUGUGUUUCUCUUUCCUCAUCAUUUUGGCCACUUUUCAUGCCCAAUCUUAUGUCAUACAUGACAUGCUGUUAUUUUAGGCAUCUGAUUUUAAGUUUUAAGUCAGUGUCGGAUAAACCCAAACUAUCCCUGUUAUGUGUCAUCCCAAGGUUUGUAAGAUGCUGAAUAGCAAGGUGUUCCCCGCGCCAGUAAACUAAUUAGAUGUCGAACCAUCUAGCAAGGUAUUAAGCCUUAAGAUAAUCUGUUUGGCUUAUCAAAUUAGUUGUCACUGAUGAGGAUUAAUGGUUCUGAUGCCCUCUUAUGUCAUUGCUGCUGCCUGAGUAGCAAUGUGUUGGUAUACUUGGUUAUGAUGGGUGGCAGAAAUAAAUGGGCUACCCGAUCUAUUCAGAAGUUCAAACUU